GCUGGGUAGUUUGGUGGAGAGUUCCUCUGGUGUCUUUCUCUCUCCUCUUUCUUCGAAAUUACCUCACUUUCGCAAUCUGAGAAAACCUAUACAACAUCCAGACCAUAAAAAGCUCAAUCAAUACACGGCUGCUCAUAAUCUUUUGAAGAAUUUCUUGUCAUUGUUGCUUUAUUUCGAGAUUUAUUUUCUAAGAUCGAGAAAAAAAUGGACUCAGAUUCAUGGACUCGUCUCUCUACAUCUAAUUCUUCUUCAAGACGCGGAAGUUACCAAUCUCGCUCAGAAACAUUUCAUCUUGUGGAUGAAUUUGAGGGUGAUGAGGAGCCAAGGCCAGAGUUUUUGUGCCCAUUUUGUGCAGAGGAUUUCGACAUUGUUGGUCUUUGUUGUCAUAUUGAUGAAGAGCAUACACUUGAAGCAAAAAAUGGGAUAUGCCCGUUGUGUGCUAAAAGGGUUGGUAUGGAUUUAGUUAGUCAUAUGACAAUGCAACAUGGGAGCCUUCUAAAGGUUCAACGCAAGAGAAGGUUUCGUAGAGGUGGGACCCACACCCACACCCACACCCACACAAACACCAACUCAACCCUUUCGAUUUUAAAGAAAGAAUUUCGGGAAGGAAAUCUUCACUCUCUUUUUGGACUUCAGUCAUCAUCAUCAUCAUCUGAGCCUGAACAAUGGUUAUCUUCUUUCAUUUCCAACACACCAUCAUUACUUGAUGUUGAUCAACCACCACCACCACCACCACCAAUUGCUCAACCUCAUGCCGCCACGUCAGCAAAGUCAAUGGCGGAAAACACCCACAAGGAUUUGUUGCGAAGGAGUAAACAGCAGCGGGGUCCACUUUCGGACAAGGAUCAAGAGGAGAAGGCUAGGCGAAGUGAGUUUGCUCAAGGCCUACUGUUUUCUAGUUUCCUUGAUGAUGGUUUAUAAGUAAGUUAUCAGGGGUAUUUUAGGAAAAAACAGACGAAUUCUUAAAAAGUUAAAGCCUUGUAAUGUAUUUUAGAUAUAGGUUAUAUAAGUUUGCUUUAAAUCGUUAUGUGCAAACUUUUCUAUUUCAGUUUAAUAGAACAUGACGACAUGACCAUGAUAUAA